AUGGCAUUAUCUGAAAAUUUAUUUUUUUGUGACUUAAUUGAAUCAGGUGGGCAGUUUGUUAAUAGUUCAUUUACUGAUAGUUAUACUUUAUUUGAUGGAUGCAUUUGUAUGAGUGAGUUCGUUAAGAGAAAUUUUUUCUUGACUGGUAAUUGGAAUAGUAGUAUUAUUGAUGAACAGCUGGUUAAAUAA